GGCAACUCCACACUAACGACAGACCCAUGCUCUCGCCAUUCGCACUCUCUUGGGAUCCUAUUGGGAUGCGAGGCAGCAACCAUUGAGAUCCAUGAUGCUUCUCUGUUGUACGGGAGAAGUACGGUAGAAUGAUCAAUGCGGAAAGCAACUCUCGGUUUCAUCAUGUGGCGUAGCAUGAAUGAGUAUAUGUCUGUGUAUAGAUGUAGAUGAUAUAGGAGAUUUUAUGUAUAUAUAAAGUGAAACCGAGACCACUUUCAUUAUCAUAACCGCCAUCAACGCCAUCAACAAGUCACUGGCAGUUUGUGAUUCUUAAACCAUUGGUAUUCCACUCUGCCACGUAUCAUUCUCAAGCUUUUGUACAACCCUUGAGCAACAAGACUUCACUCUGCUUUGAAUCGCAUCUAAAAAAUCUUCACAUCGGUCCUUUUCUCCAACCCAGAACAGUCUCCCCCUUUCCCCCCAAGAUGGCGACCUCGACUAAGCCCCCUGCGAACGCCUUCGUAGCUCGUGCUCGAAAAGUCUACAACCCCAUCGGCUUUUCAAAAGGUUAUAACUUCAUCCUAUGGUUUAUAUUCGUCGGUGCACUGUUCGGAUUCUCUCUUGCGCGGCUCGAAUACUUAGAUUUCUGGGGUGUGUUCUGUAACCCAAACGAAACAAGCGGGAACGGUGCCUUGCCGGGAGAGUGCUUCUAUUACACCAAACCGGGGCGCUAUCAUAUCGGCAUCAUCCUACACCUAGUUACCAUAGUCCCCGGUGCCUUGCUCGCAUGUUUCCAGUUCGUCCCUAUCAUUAGACACAAGGUCAUUCUCGUACAUCGCAUCAAUGGUUAUAUUGUGACGCUUCUUUCCUUCAUCGGAACGGCGGCCGCAAUCGUGAUAGGGCGACAUGCGGCAGGCGGCGGGUUGGAUGUGCAGGUCCUCCUUGGUGCUUUAGCCAUCUUGUUCCUAGGCUCGCUGACCCUCGCCAUCAUCAAUGUCAAGCGCCUGCAGAUCGAACAGCACCGUGCGUGGAUGAUUCGCGCCUGGGCUUACGGUGGCGUUGUCAUUACGCUCCGCAUCAUUUUGAUUAUCGGUGCUACGAUCCUCUCCUCUAUUGGUGGCUACUACUCUGCCCAGCCCUGCGACAAGAUCAAUUUUGCGCUCGGGGGUCAAGAUGCUACAAUGUCGUUCUACCCAGAAUGCGCCGCCUUCUUCUCUGGUGAUAACAUACACCAGCAAGCCGUAGUUAAGGCCACCUUGCUGGGAGACAACGCCAUAGAAGCCGGUGCCAUUUUCAAUAUUGCAUUUGGUCCCGCUGGGUGGCUAGCCUUAGUACUUCACGUUUUCGCCGCUGAGUGUUAUCUUCGUCUCACACCGGCGGAGCACGACCGCCUCCGGAAUGUGUCUUAUCAGCGUCAACUUGAAGCCGGAAUGAAGAACCCUGGUAUGGCUGGCCUGACGGCUGAUCGGCUUGGCGAUGCGCCUCGAUGGACUCCGAAGCCCCAAGUUGCCAAUAAUGAUAGUGAUGGCGGUAAUUCUAUUAAGGAGCUUCAAGAGAUAACCACCCCUUCUACUCAAUCAUAGAGUUGUGGACCCAGUAUAUUUCUAUCCUCCUUUUCUUAUGCCAGUUCUUUCAAUUAUCUUCAUCGGCAAAGGAAUGCCAAUAUAAAUAUGUUGCAGCUAGAUUUCGGUAUAUACUAAAUUGGUAUGGAGUGAUGGGUUAGUUAGUAAAAAGGGUCUAGGAAUUUCGGGGUUAUCUUGUACAAUCAACACAGUCCGACGACGAUAGUUUCAUAAUUUCGGGGGCGUGGCCUUUAGUAUUCAUUUCAGCCAAUGCAUCGCGU